GCAGCGCAGGCGAUGCCAUUAACUUCAAACACCUUUCAGACAGAGCUGCGGGCAUCGUUAACAUCCUGUCUGCGUUUGAACGACAUCCGGCCUGCAGGCGACCUCCCGGGUAUCAGUGAUGCCGUUGUUUCCUGCCGGCCAAUCACUUUCUCCCCUCUGACUGAUGCGGGGAGGGGGGGCAGGCACACCGCUCCCCCUCAGUCUGUUGAAUGUAGCAGGAGUUUUUUCCGAGACGCCGCGGAGCUGGCAGCCUCCACAGGAUAUUCUCUGGAAGCAGUCAUGGCCGGACGAGGAGCCCCCCCUCCUGACAGGGAGGGAGGUAAAGAGUGGGAGACCCGGGGAUCCUGAGACUCUGAGCAUCGCCGUCAUGGACUCAAGUAUUUGCGCUCUGGAGCUGCUGGGGGUCCUCGUCUCAGCGGGAGCCUGGCUCUGCUCGCUGGCCACCACUCUGAUGUCCACCUGGCUCACGCUGUCCACAGACCUCCUGCCCACCGAGAUCUACGAGCUGGGGCUGUGGGAGACCUGCGUGGUGCAGGACCUCGGCGGUCUGGAGUGCCGGCCCUACGACAGCCUGCUGGGUCUGCCCCCAGACAUCAAACUGGCCCGGAUCCUGAUGUGCGUGACGCUGGGCGCCGGGCUGCUCGCGCUGCUGCUGGCCAUCCCCGGCAUCCACCUGGUCAACAGCUGCACCGGUCAGCUGGACGACCUCAGGUGCAAGAGGGGCCUGAAGAUGGCAGGGGGGGCGCUGUGCCUGGUGUCCGGGAUCCUGGGGCUCAUCCCUGUCUCGUACAUCGCGCACCUGACGGUGGAGCGGUUCUUCGAUGAGUCGCUGCCGGACGUGGUCCCGCGCUGGGAGUUCGGGGACGCUCUGUUCUGUGGCUGGACGGCCGGAUUUCUGCACCUGGUGGCGGGAACGCUGCUGCUGACGUCCUGUCUGCGUCUGCAGAGGGAAACCUGUAACGUGUCCGUCCCCAUCCCUCUGAUGGGGGAGCAGCCGGGACACCCCUUUAUCAGGACCAGAUCCGAGUACGUCUAGAUCGUCCAAAUCGGCUCCGGUCCAAACUCACUAAGCCCCUUCAGAUUCGUCCGCCUGGUCUGAUCCAUCAAGACCAGAACCAGGUUUUUGGUCCAACAGUAACUGGAAUACAACAAAACCGCAGCCAGUGAAGUUCGUCAUGGGCCGAGUCUGAGCCUUUAAAAGGUUUAAACCCCCAAACUCCAUCACACUGAAUCUGUUUCAUCACCGACAUGAAAAUGCUCGUUUUCUCUUCAUCACAGAUUCAGUUCAGAUCUUUUCAACUCGCUCAGUUUGCACCGCUUUACUGUUUCACAUUUCAGAUCAGAAAUCUGACUUCAAACCCACAGAACUUUAGAUUCUACUUCAGAUCCGAAAUUUUCGACAGACUUUAAACUGAAUUCUUCAUCAGAAACGAAUCAGGUUUCUGGUGUUUUUUUCUGCUCCACAGUCCAGAGGUGACAUGUGCUUAUUUUCUCAGUGUGGUUCUUCACCUCUCACAGAUUUUAAGAUGUGUGGAAAUGCAGAGGUCUCACGCAAAAGAAGAAAAAAGAGCUUCAGGUUGAAAAGUUUGGCACAGACCAAAAACAACAUUCAGAAAAUGUUUAAAUGAGGUAAAAACGUGUGGUAAUUAAGAACUGAAUUCAGAAAAUAAGCAUUUUUAUUGCAGUUUUUCUCCCAAUGUCACCUUUGGAUGCUGGAAGAAAACAAAAACACCCACACCCUGUGUUUGUUCGUCUGGCUGCACAGCUCCUCAGCUCAGCGUUUCACCCCAAACUGUGGAAACAUCCCACACGGCGAACAUCUCAGCCAUCCAUGAUUCAUAUGUUCAGAUCCCGCCAGUCGUUUCCUCGUCACAGUUUCAAUUGUCCAGAUGUUCUGUUGUUUUCUUCACACAGAAAUGUUUCAUGGAGCCAAAGAGACAAAACCUGCUGCUGUUUUCUGUUUGUGCAACAGCACAUGAGCUUUUCUCAUUCUCUGGAAACAGAUGAUCAUUUCUGACCCUCAGCCAAAACUGUGAGGCUGAAAAAUCUAAAAAUCUAAAAUAUGAAAAAUGCUCUGUCACUAUUGUUUCCACCUGUGGGUGAAAGAUGAGUUUAAUUUAAAAAAUGUACUUUAACGUGAGGAAAGCUGCAUUUAUCCAUGCACGUGUAUGUUUAUUUGUCACGGUUUCAUGUUUGGAGAAACGACAUGAAACAGAAAGAAGCUGCUGACGUGUUGAAAUCACUUUGUGUUCAAUCAGAUCCAGAUGAAUGAUUUGUAUGAAUUCUUCUGAUUAUUAUGAAUCCAGUUCUGAAUGUGAUUAGCAGACGACUGUUGAGAUGAGCAGCUUGUAAAUAAAGAUGCCACAGAAUUAAAACAGAUGAAAGGUUUGUGUUUUCAUUCUGUGUCUGUGUCCAUUCAGUCAAACUGUCCCACUGACAGCAG